AUGUCACAAUUACCAUCAAAUACGUCUGGCACACCCGCGGGUCCUUCCAAGCCUUCCGUUGUCGGUUCGCAAGCUGCCUCUCCCAAUGAAGCCUCCAUGGCUCAAAAGAAGAAGAAGCAUCGCGGCGGCCGCAAGCACCGCCGCCCACGACGAAAGUCCUUUGCGGCCCUCCCCGAAGAUGACGGCGACAGCGUGCAAGGCGGAGAGAGAGAGUCUGCCGCCCUGAGCAGCGGUGCCUUUUACAUGCAGGCACGCCGCACGAGCAACGAAAGUCUCGACGACCAGGCAUUGCUCGACCACCGCGGGUAUCCCUUUGGCUCGAGACCCCGCCGGCCCUCCAUCCUCGCUUCGUCGAUCCAAUAUCCUUCGCAGCAGGGCGACAGAGACUCUGUUGCUCGGAGACGACCAAAUUCGGGACGCCGAGAUAGCGACGUCGAGGAGGAGGGACCUACUGCCGAGAGCGAGGUAGAGCCUCUACUUGCAGGUUCGCUUUUGCGAGAAGCCGGCCAACGCAAGGGCUAUGGCGCCAGCGAUAUGCGACCCAGAUUCGAGAGGCGUGGAUCGAGCGGAUCUAGCAAGAGAAGGUUCAAUGCUCCCGCCACGCCGUCAGGGGACAAGUACAAUGUGAAUUAUCCUCCGUCGAUGCCGCCCUCGCCCACAUUGGGUGCCUCGGUCGUCAAUUUUGGCGAUGAGAUGAUGCGGGAAGAGUUGAACGCUGCCCUUUCCCAGUCGACCAACCACUUGCUCGACGACGGGACUCCUAUGCAUGGCUCGGCAUCGUUGCAACGGCGGCAUACUAUAGCACUCCAGGCCGAAGACGACGUGUGCUACCCUCAGGAGGGCAUGUCGGAAAUCGCAGACGAAGACACGCAACCGUCGCAGGAGCAGCGCAACCGUCGUGGUCGCAAGCGCCGAGACCGAUGGCCCGACUUGUCUGUUCUCGAGGAUUGGUCAGUGUUUGAAAAGGAAAUCAUUGACAGAAACGAGGAAAGGCGGAUCAAGAAGAUUACAGAGCCGCAACUCAUCAAUGGUAGGCUUCGCCCAACGCAAAAGGGCUGGUUCAAGGCCGAGGAGGACGCGCCGUACCGAUUCACAUAUUUCAGUGAAGAGCUACAGAGCACAAUCCACAGCCAGACUAUUUCCGAACUCGUGCAACCCGAUUCGAGCUUUCAGGAGCUAUUCCUGCCAGAGCCACCCAUCUUGUCCGAUUCUGAAUCCGAGACGGAAGAAGAGGCGCUCCUGACAGCCCAUUUUUCUGCACGAGGCUCCGUCAAGGGUAGCGAGACUGGUUACAGUACCAAAGUUCCGACCAGACAGCCUUCCUUGGCUCAACCGCAACGAGCCUUUGAUGAGCCAGGCCUCGGUAAUAGCAGGCCCCUUUCACCCAGGCAAGUACCAGGUGGUUCCGGCGAUGCAUCACGACAACAGUCGGGUGAAGCUACACCUGUUGGCAACGGCAACGGCAAUGGGAAUGGGAUCAAGUCUCCACCUCAUGGGAUCGACUUCAAGUCGCCGGAACCAUUUUCCCAAAAGCCUGUCCGUUUUGGCGAUCGCCCCGUCUGGUGGCUCGAUAUCCUGUCACCGACAGCGGACGAGAUGAAGGUCAUUCAAAAGACCUUUGGCAUCCAUCCCUUGACUUCGGAAGAUAUCAUGCUGCAGGAACAACGCGAAAAGGUUGAACUGUUUCGACACUAUUACUUUGUAUCGUAUCGAUCGUUUGAUCAGGACGAAGAGAGUGAUAAGCACCUGGACCCUGUCAACAUUUACGUUGUUGUUUUCCGCGAAGGAAUCAUCAGUUUCCACUUUGACCACACGCCACACCCUGCGAAUGUGCGACGGCGCAUCAGACAACUGCAAGACUACAUUGUCCUCAGCGCCGACUGGAUCAGCUAUGCCAUCAUUGACGACAUUACCGACGUCUUUGGUCCUCUGGUCCAGCACAUUCAAGAAGAAGUUGAUGAUAUUGAGGAUGCGAUAUUGUCGUUGAAUGCUCAGUCACAACCCCAGGCGAAGCGGCGAAAAGAGGAUGCAGAUGAAAAGUCGGUGGCUGCAACAGGGGCUGUGGAGCAAAAUGACGGCGACAUGCUGCACCGAAUCGGCCAGUGUCGCAAAAAGGCAACAGAACUCCUCAGAUUGUUGGGCAACAAGGCAGAUGUCAUUAAAGGGUUUGCCAAGAGGUGCAACGAGCAUUAUGAGGUUGCACCACGAAGCGAAAUUGGUCUUUACCUGGGAGAUAUUCAGGAUCACAUAAUUACCAUGACGGGAAAUCUCAUGCAUGCUGACAAAACCCUGGGCGUAUCUUCCAACACCUAUCUUGCACAAAUCAACAUUCUCAUGAACAAGCGAGCCGAGCAGACCAAUGACAUGCUCAACAAACUGACGGUCCUCGGUACCAUUGUGCUCCCCAUGAACAUCAUUACUGGUCUUUGGGGUAUGAAUGUGUGGGUACCAGGCCAAGAGUACGAAGGCGACUUGACGUGGUUCUGGUGUAUCACGGCAGGUCUGGUGGCAUUUGGUACUGCCUGUUACCUGACGGCUACGCGGGUCUACAAGAUUGCUUGA